AUGAAUGCCUACAGUCAACCAAACAGAGAAAACGGUGAUCAGUUCCGAGAUGUCGUGAUCAGAGAGGGAGAGAUGUUUCUCUUGCCAGGCAACAUUCCGCACUCUCCCCGUCGCCAAGGGGACACAAUAGGCCUGGUGAUGGAAAGGAAGCGACCUGUAGGAAGCAUCGAUCGUCUACGGUGGUACUGCGAGAAUGAGAAGGAGCAUGGUGAAACACCUGCCUUGAUCCGUGAGGAGCAGUUCUUCUGUGAAGAUAUGGAAACGCAGCUCAAAGAGGUCAUUGAGGAUUGGAUGAGGAACGAGAGCAGUCGCGAAUGCAAGUUAUGUGGCAGUAUUGCCGCAGCCCCAGGGUACUCACUCGAUAUCAAUGAAUAA